AUGGCGUCCAGGUUAGCCGCAGCUCGCUAUGGCAAGGAGAACGUUCGUGUGUACAAGGUACAGCGGGACGAGGCUGCAGGGACUCAGACGGUGGUCGAGAUGACCGUCCGCUGCCUGCUCGAGGGUGAUAUCGAUGUCUCGUACACCAAGGCAGACAACAGCGUCGUGGUAGCGACGGACUCGAUAAAGAAUACCAUCUAUAUCCUGGCAAAGCAGAAUCCAGUGACGCCGCCGGAGCUCUUUGCUUCAAUCGUGGGAGACCAUUUCACGCAGAAGUACAGCCAUAUCCGUGUAGCGCAUGUCAACGUAGUGGCACAGCGGUGGUCCCGGAUGAAUAUCAAGGGCAAACCACAUCCGCAUUCCUUCCUCAAGGACGCCUCGGAGGUCCGGUCUACAGACGUCACCGUUACCAAGGGCAAGGGGAUCGAUAUCAGGACGUCUUUGUCUGGCCUCUCUGUCUUGAAGAGCACCAAUUCGCAGUUUCAUGGCUUCGUGAGAGACGAGUUCACUACUCUACCUGAAACCUGGGACCGAAUCCUUAGCACAGACGUCGAUUCGGCAUGGACAUGGUCAACAUUCUCAAACCUGGAGCAAGUGCAUGGUUCGGCUGCCAAGUUUGACUCUACCUGGGAAGUCUCGCGCGGCAUCAUACUGGAUAUCUUCAGCAGUGACAACAGUGCGAGCGUCCAGAAUACCAUGUAUAAGAUGGGAGAGCAGAUACUCGCUGCCCAGCCGCUCCUGGAGACAGCCGAGCUCAGCCUGCCCAAUAAGCAUUAUUUCCAGCUUGAUCUGGGCUGGCAUAAGGGCUUGAAGAACACUGGCAAAGACGCUGAAGUUUACCUGCCGGGCUCUGGCGCCAGCGGCCUCAUCAAAUGCACAGUUGGACGAGAAGCUGUCAAAGAUAAGUCAAAGCUGUAA